GUGACGGCUGAGGUGAUGAUGUCCAUUCUGAGGGACAAACCCAGCGGUAUCUGCAUGGACUCUGGGGGGUUCCGCACCACAGGCAGCAUGGUUUCUGUCCUGCCCAGGGACUCCAGCCUGCCCUGCGUCCACUUCUUCACCGCCACCCCCGACCCGUCCAGGUCCAUAUUCAAGCCGUUCAUCUUCUCGGACACUUCCGCCCCGGUUCCGAGGGUGGUCUCCCCGCAGUUCGGACCGGACGACCCGGUCAGGAAGCAGCCUCGCUUCCACAGCCGUAUGGACCGCCGACACGACCUCUACAAAGCCCACCAGGGGGCGCUCAUCGCCACGGAGACCAAACCGGAUGAAGGUUCUGCUGUCUACAACGUCCUGAGGGAUCUGGAGUCUCAGUGUCUGAGUGAGAUUUCAGCUGUGCUCAGCGGGGAGAUACCCGGAGACGACCUGGGAGACCUGUUCUUUGACUGCGUGGACACCGAGAUCAAGUUCUACCAGUGAGGAGGCGGGACGGCACAGAAGCGUCCUCAGGUGGACACCUUUAGAAAUCGCAGGGCGGCAGGAGACGAGCUGGGACCGGCAGAACCUCCAGUGUUUCUCAUCUGACCUUUUGUGCAGCUCAUCACCGGCCCGGUUCCCUGGCAACCACCGGCCCGACGUCUCGGCUGCACGUCGGGGAGCCUCGGCUGCACCUCGUUAGAGUUAAGCUGAUGUAGAGAACCCGUUUAGACCCGCAAGACGAGGCAGAACCGCGCUGAGAACGGUCGCUGCCCCCGUAGAAAC